AUGAACGACCUGCCCGAACUUGUCCCGAGUAAUGUCACACGCGAUUCGCAGAGCGGUCGAAAGGUCAUUCGCGCGAUAACAUGCACUUUUAAGCGCGAAGACAUUUUGGAAAAAUACUCGAGUUCCAUCGUUAUCAUCAGGAAGGAGGAUCUUCGGCUAAGACUGAGUAAAUCCUAUGCCGUAGUGCUGAACGAAACUCCAACAAUUGUUUGUGAUUUGGAUCCCCCAAUUGAGGGGGUUGGAAAGCCUUACUUUUAUCCAGUGCGAGAAUUCCGUUUUGCUCAAAUCAGAGACAAUCGGAUAGUCCCUGGCAACUCCAAUUCUACCUCCUCCAACGGUACAUACAUUUGCAUAUUUGACAAACAGGACCUCUAUUUGACAAAGAUAUUUGUCAUAUCAAAAGUGGAUUUAUCAAUGAGUCCGUUGAUAAUCCCAUCGAAGAGAGAAUUCAUCAGCGGGGAGAAGGUGGAGUGUUCCGGCACCAAAAAGACUCCAUCUGGCUACUAUGCAAUUGAUGUCUUCUACAAGGGUACUCACAUUCCACUGGUCAACAAAAAACAAAACCGCGCUACCCUCUUCUCAGCCUUUGUAACUGAGAUUACCAUUUCCUGCAUUUUAAGAAAUUCCUACCUAAACAUCGAGCUCGGAGUUAAAAAUGUCACACUCAGCGCCCUUGUUAGACCUAAAAAAUUGAUCAAGUUGAAACCCGGAGAUCGAAAAUAUGUGGAUACCUCUGCAGUAGUCCACUGCGCUUUCGACAGCACCCCAAAGAUCGGCCAACAUGUGACGUUGAAUCUCUUCAUCUACCCACUUGGCUAUCGGCACAAGGUUGAGAAGAUUUCAUUAUUUUCCUUCCAAGAGCAGGGAAUUAUUGGAGGUCGUUAUUUCUUUACAUGUACAAUCGUCGAUAAUGAUGGACCGCUCUGGGCAACCAUUGAUGAAGUCGUCCUCCUUGAGGCGCCAGCAAUUCCCAAACUAUCAGAAAAACAUAUAUUUGGGGAUCAGGGUCUUUAUUGUUGGACUGCAGAAUACCCCGUUUGGAACCGCCGACUGAUUGCUUCAACCAAAAGUGAGAACGGCGAGAUUGUGAAGGGAGAAAAAGGUCUCUACCGGUUCAGUGAUCAGUCCUGUUACGGAUAUUACAAUGUCACUUGUGAGGCAUAUGGAUACUACCACCUUAUCGCAUUCCAUUUUCGCACCACGUACCAAGUCCACUACACCGGUAAGUUGAUCGACAUUGCACAGAGGCCUUGA